CCCCCCCCUUCUCGUCGGAAGGCGCUCAAGGCGCAUCACAACGCCGCAACAGGAGGGAAGAGGCGAGAGGAGGCAAAUCAAAGAGGGGAGCAGGUGAGAUGGCCUGCGGACGGCCGAAAGCCAGAUAAGUGGUCUGGUCCAGGGCAGGGGCCAGCGAGAUUGCACGAUAUUCGCAUGCCCGACCUACGGCCCGUGCCUGCAGUAACGCCUCAGUGCAACCCGCGUCCCGACCAACAGACCUGAACACCACCCUCAAAUCCCUCCGCCCAUCUAUCAUGGACGUGUGUGACAGCACAACACGUCGACCACGCGAGACACUCGCUGAUCAGGACAGGGAAGGAGUGGGCAACACGGCGUCUGGGACACACAUGCUGCAUGCUCACGACUACAUCCUGCAAAGCUAGGAAGGAGGAAAGGCUAGGAACACAUCUCCUAGGCAGUACAGUGGGUGAAGAAGGGUAGUUAUCGUCGCACCCACGCGAGGCACCGACGCGAUUGUCAUCGCGCUAUGCCGAGGGGGAGAAACGUGGCAGGGCCAUCUGCUGAUCAGUCGAGCCUCCUUCUCCUAAGGAGGGGGCUCCGGACAGACCAGUCUUGCGAUUCCCGGGAGGCCGCGAUACUCGCAGCCAGAACCGCAUCAGGAUCGGCCUGGGUGCGCGUGGGUGGCGGGGUAGUGGGCAGAGGCCCCGGCUGCACCCACCUACGCACGUGCCGAGCAAACAGAUCAUCAUUCACUAUGGCAGCAAUGCGAGCAGCUGAUGAUGUGGGCUCGCAGCGAACAAUAGGAGGUGAAACUACUGGGAUUCGCUGCGCACGGACCCAUUUCCACUGCGAGCCGAAUCUUUGAACGGGCGGGCGGCUGGAGGGCAACAAAAUCAUACGCUCACGGAAAACUACAUUGCUCCGGGCGCCAGCCAUCUGCUCCGGGCUCGGCUGCUCACGAGCGCGACCGGCCGUCGCAGCAGCAAACUCCGGAGAGGAUGGAGAGAGGAGGGAGGAGGAGGGAGGAGGAGGAGGAGGAGGAGGAGGAGGAGGAGGAUCUUGAUGUCCGAGCCGUGCGCCUCCCUGGCAGGAAGCGCGCCCGGGGCAGGGCGGGACGGCGGCGCGCCCGCGGACCUCUCCCGGCAUCCCCUCCGGACUGGCAGCGUGUCUGCCCCCCCCCCGGGCUCGGCGGCGCGCCCAUGACAGGGAAGGCGCAGAAGGCGAGACGUAGCCUGGCAGCGGGUCUGCCCUCCAGGCUAGGCAUUCAACGUGGUGAGAACACAAGAGGGCCAGACUUUGCAGGCACCAAGAAGGGCGAGGAGGAGGAAAGGAGGGAGGAAAUCAAGCUCCAUCAGGAUUUGGAGUACGAGUCAACGUGCGAGUGGCGCACUGCACUUUCGACUGGCACAGUUGCACGGCCAGCCUUGCCCAUCGGUCCGAAGGAGUAGGCAGAAGCAUGAAGCAGGAAGGCGUUGAAGACGUAGAUUGGGUUCGGUCCGCCUCCCGGGGAGGACGGAAAAGGUUAAGCCACUCGAUCACUGAAGUAGGAAGGCGCUUAAAGUAGAUUGGAAUCUGGGAAUCCAAUCAUACCUACUUUCAACGGCCGAUGGGUAAACUAGGGAUGUUUGUGGCGGCUAAAACCGCCUUGCCAAAGUGUCCCGCGACGCGGGUCGUUCGGCCGACGGCGCCAGGGAGCCGAGCUCCGCCAGAGAAUGCACGCGCAAACGCAAACACCUGCAAUUAUGUCGGGCCCCAGCGGGCGCUACCCUUAGGUCGGGCAUGUUCCCCUACAGGGGGAUUGUGGACGAAGAAUAAAGAAUAGCAAUAGUCAAGACAUGCCCCAAAAUGAUUCAAAACAUGAUGGACCCACGAACCCGGAAAGGGAUAAAGACAUGUGCAGCAUGGUCACGUUUUCAC